AAAAAACCAUCUCAACCAAAUGGCACAAUUGACUCUCUCCUCCAUUUUACUCUUCUGCUUCUUCUUCGUUCUCAAUCGAACCGGUCCGAUCGUGGAUGCCCAGGUCACAACCCCGGCCAAGUUCGAUGGGUUCGUGUACAAGAACCGCCCGGUCAGCAUCGACUCGAUCAUGAUCGAGGCAUUCUUCGACCCGGUCUGCCCUGACAGCAGAGACUCUUGGCCUCCUCUCAAGCAAGCCCUCGAUUUCUAUGGCCCUCGUGUCUCCCUCAUCGUUCACCCUUUUGCUUUACCUUACCAUGAUAAUGCUUUCGUUUCUUCUCGUGCAUUGCAUAUUAUAAAUAAGCUGAACACUUCUGCCACAUAUGACUUGUUGGAGUUGUUCUUUAAGCAGCAGGAGGAGUUCUACAACCAACAAACCUUCAACAUGUCUAGGGCGUCUAUUGUUCAACAUAUUGUGAAAUUGGCAACCAAAGCAGUUGGUAACUCCUACCAUUCUGCAGUUGAAUCUGGCUUUACUGACAGGAAAACUGAUCUCAUGACAAGGGUUUCGUUCAAGUAUGGUUGUUCAAGAGGGGUGUUUGGAACGCCUUUUUUCUUUGUGAAUGGGUUUGCAUUGCCUACUGCUGGCCCAACUUUGGACUACAGUCAAUGGAGAGGCCUCAUUGAUCCAUUGAUAACAAAACAUGAAGAGGGUGAAGAACGUAUACACUUUGUCUGAUGAAGAACUCGUUUUUGUGCAUUGGAAUGAAAACUUGUGGAGAGUUGAAUGUUGUGAAACUUUAGGUAGCGAUUGGUAGAGUUUUGUAAAUGUGAUUUGAGAGUAUGAGUUGUAUUUUGAGUUUGUGUGUUGUGAAAUUAUGAUUUGAGUGUAGAAAAUCUGUUUGGUAAAGAGUUUUGAAAAUAGUUUUGAAAA